AUGGCCACCGACCACCAAGGCUCUCCUGCCAAACAGCAGCAGCCAGGCCCCACCUUCAAGCUGGUCAUCUACGAGCAGGAGAACUUCCAGGGCCGCUGUCAUGAGCUGAGUGGGCUCUGCACUGACCUGCAGGAGGCAGGGGUGGAAAAAGUGGAAUCCAUCCUAGUGCUGUGCGGACCGUGGGUGGGGUACGAGAAGGCCGGCUGCACCGGAGAGCAGUUUGUGCUGGAGAAGGGAGAGUACCCCCGCUGGGAUGCCUGGACCAACAGCCGGCACAGCAGCAGCAUUGCUGCCCUUCGCCCCGUCAAAGUGGACAGCCUCGGGCACAAGAUCACCUUGUACGAAAACCCCAAGUUUACAGGGAAGAAGAUUGAGAUCGUGGACGAUGACGUUCCAAGCUUCCAUGCCCAUAGCUACCAGGAGAAGGUCUCUUCUGUGCGUGUCCAAAACGGCAGCUGGGUGGGCUACCAGUACCCUGGUUACCGUGGCUACCAGUACCUGUUUGAGAAGGGCGAGUAUAAGGACAGUGCUGAUUUCGGAGCCCAGGUCCCCCAGGUCCAGUCUGUCCGGCGCAUCCGGGACAUGCAGUGGCACCAGAGGGGGGCCUUUAACCCUGUCAUCUCCAGCUGA